CCCAGCUUCCACCAGGGCUUCUACCACAGCAAUCAGCAGCUGCCAAGCAGCACCUGCAGCCAGGCUGCUCUUCAGAUAAAUUGGAUGGAGGUGAGCUGGGUGUGGUGGGAGGAUUUGUGGUGCUGUGGGUUGAGGUGCCUGUGACUGCCUGGGUUUGUGCACUGCCAUGGAGCCUCAGCUGGCAGCCAAAGCUGCUGGCAUAGCCCAGCGCUGUCAGGCCCAGCACCCUCCAACCCUGCAGAUGAUCAAGGAGGCGCUGCGGGCCCAUGAUGAGAAGAAGGGUGCCUCUGUUGUUGCCAUCAAGCGUUUCAUCCUGGCCAAGUACCCCACUGUGGAUCCCAUCCGCCUCAAGUACAUGCUGAAGCAGGCGCUGAGUAAGGGGCUGAGCUGUGGGGACCUGGUGCGGCCCCACAACUCUUCUGCUGUGGGGGCCACUGGCACCUUCAAGUUAGCACUGAAGAAAUCACGGCACAAGCAGCAGCCGGGCCAGGCAGAUCCUGACAGAGGACAGACCCCAAAGCCAGGACAGGAAGGGACCACCAAGGCUCCCCAGGCCCCCGUGGCAGGAGCACGACAGCGAGGUGCCACCAAGCAGCAGCCAACAGCCACCAAGCAGCAGCCAAAGGUGAAGCCCGUGAAGGCCCAGCCACGAGCAGCAGAGAAGCCCAGGAGUGACAGAGCGAAGCAUCCCCAGUCUGCUGGCCGGUCCCGGGCUCGUGGCCCAGGGCCUUCAGGGCCCCCCAGCCAACGGCAGGGCCCCCGGAAAGGACACUCGGGACCCAGCACAGCUCGGGCUGCUGAGAAUGCAGGAGGGACUGAUAGCGACAGUUCUGCAAGUGCUGGGGCAAAGGGGCCCCAAAAGGCCCCCAAGGGAAAGAGCAAGGGGAAGGUGCCCAAGGGGGCACAGCAGGAUGCCCCCAAGGCACAGGGAGGUCAAGAUCAAGCAAAGAAGCCCCGGGCGACUCCAGGAGCUGGGCAAGGGAAGGCCAGGCUGAAGAAGGCAGUCCCCGUGGCAGCAGACAGAAAGGCCCCAUAGGGAGCUUAUUACUGCUUCAGCUGGCCUCAGGCCCUUGGGGUCUGGACUGCUUUCAGUCCCUAGGACAAGUUUUAACUCUGUGUUCACCUUAUCCUAAUAAAGCUUCUUCACUUGCCUCAUGGAAUGGCAUGAC